CCUAGAUCUUUGUAUCGGGGUGUGAUACGUGUCUAUGAUGUUGCUGAGACAUACGAUCCCUCACGUGUCCUCCGUCAGUUUGGCUACAGACAGGUGAUUCCUGAUCCUGUUGUUCUACCAUUUGAUGUCAGUCGACCUGCUGUUGGGACCUAUAAGGUCAUCUUUGGAGCAGGGAUUGUUCAACUUUGGGGGACUCGCGGUCAGUUGAUCAAUCUGGAUGCCUUCUCCACACCUUUUGAUGACACCGGAGAUGUUGACCCAUUGUACUUUAAGUGGUACACAGAGCGCACCCACCUACACAUUGGCCCCUCCAGAGAUGGUGAGCAGCAGGAGUCGGCGCCAUUGACGCAUGAGAUUGUAAGUUUGAAUUCUUUUUCGUUUUGGUUUAUUGAUAGUGAUCUCUUGCUUUUCGUUUUUGUAACACUUAAGUUUAUUCCUUGGACAUUGCAGCUAGCGUGUCAGAUUAUUGAUGGCAUUGAUCUCUUGCUUCGUGCUCCUGAUGAGGAUCUUGACAGGUUGGGUGCCUAUGGUUAUUUGGUUCGACGGGUUCGUGACAAGUACGUUGACUUUAGGGAACAGAGACCGUAUCGCCCAUUCGCCUAG